AUGCAAAGGCUCCGGCAAUAUACUCUCUACCACACUGUUCGCCUGCUAUCAAAGACGGAUCUUCUGAAGUAUCUGCUCGGCAGUCCGUCCUCCAUGAGGAACAUAGCAAAAUGGCAUUGCCAGCUGACGAAGUACGACAUCGAGUACGUGUCGCACACAUCAGUAAAGGGCCAAGCAAUAGCAGACCAUCUAGCAGAGUUUCCGAUUGAUGAUGACACACCAAUCAACUAUGACUUUCCAGAUGAAGGGAUUCUCCAAGUAAAUAAUAAGGAGGAGGAUCCUGGGUGGAAGAUGUACUUUGACGGCGCAGUCAAUUCCACCGGAUCUGGUAUUGGCGUAGUGCUGAUAUCCCUUAAAGGACGUCAUUUCCCUGUUGCAGCGAAGAUUAAUUUCCCCGGCACCAACAACAUAGCUGAAUACGAAGCAUGUAUCCUUGGCUUACCGAUCGCAAUCGAUCUCAAAGUCAAGGAACUUGAAGUGUUUGGCGACUCUAUGCUCACAAUCUUUUAG